UAAAGUCAUCUUUUACAAACAUAAAGAUGGAUUUCUUAACACUCACAUUAAUCAUUUUGGCAACCCAAUUCAUGAAUCUAUGUCACGGUGCUGGGAUUGCCACAUACUGGGGGCAACACGGUGGCGAAGGCACCUUAGCCGCCGCCUGCGCCACCGGAAACUACCAGUACAUCAACAUUGCUUUCCUAAAUGUGUUCGGCAACGGCCGAAUUCCUCAGCUAAACUUAUCCAGCCACUGCAACACAAGCAUUCAUGGAAGUUGUAGAUGGAUAGGGGAUGAUGUUGUAGCUUGCCAAAAGAAGGGAAUCCAAGUGCUCCUCUCUUUGGGUGGUGGUGUUGGUACCUACUCCCUUUCUUCAACAAAUGAUGCACAAGAGGUAGCAAACUACCUUUGGGACAACUUCCUAGGAGGAGGAACCUCAAACUCCCGCCCAUUCGGAAACGCAAUCCUCGACGGCAUAGACUUCCACAUCAAACUCGGCUUAAGCAAAAACUACGACACCCUCGCAAAAUCACUCAGCAGCCGCAGCAGCACACAUCAAACAGUAUACUUAUCAGCAGCACCACACUGCCCCUUUCCUGACACAUAUCUAAGCAAAGCCAUAAAAGCCGGUGUUUUCGACUACAUUUGGGUACAAUUCUUUAACAAUCCAUCUUGCCAAUAUGAUACCGGGAAUUCAACCAAUCUCGUACACUUCUGGGACAAGUGGAGUACCGCGAAUGCAGGGUUGAUUUUCCUGGGAUUGCCUGCUGGUGUAGAUGCUGCUACUAGUGGUGGGUAUGUUCCUGUUGAUGUGGUUGUAACUGAGGUGUUGCCGGAAAUAAUGGAGGGUCCUAAGUUUGGUGGGGUUAUGGUUUGGUCUAGGUACUAUGAUGAGAAGACCGGGUACGGAGCCGCCAUUAAGGGUGGUUUAGAUGGCGGAGAUGGUGGAGGUCAUGUCUCAAGUAUUGGUAUUGCUAUAAUAUUGAAUUAGGCAACCCUUUAAGUCCAUUUAAUUUGUUCCAUUUUGUCAAUCCGUGGACUAUGGACCAUGGUGCACAUAGAGCAUGGUGCACCAAAAGAACACAUGUGUAUAAAUAAAAGAACAUGACACUACCACAA